AUGGACCUUAUUCAGGCGCGUCAUGGCUUGGCCACCACCUUGAAGCAGAUCGUUAGUAAACGAGUGCACUUGCAUUAUAGACAAGAGUCUAACACUCCUUGCCUUACACCACUAUCCGUCGUAAGACAAGCCAUUCUAUCUUCUCCAGAACAUCGUCUCAGCUUCUCAGAAAUAUACGACUGGAUCACGACGGUAUAUCCCUUCUUCAGUCCUGCAACAACGUCCUGGAAAAACAGCAUCCGACACACACUAUGCAGCUAUCAGUGUUUCCGAAAUGAGGCUCACGGUAUAUGGGCUAUAAACGAUGCGGAUUUGGAAAACUAUGGAAGCGGGUCUCUUCAGAAUCACGACUAUGGUUCUUCGAGGGUGGACAGCGUUAGGAAGAUCUCCGGUAGAAAAGAUGUGGGUACGACGACUGGUUCGGGAAAUGAUGAUCUGCCUAUCCCAAAAUUGAAGACUUGA